UUGGGUGGUUAUCCGUUGCACAGCAGUCCUGGAAACGGUUGUUGUCGUAUAUCAGAAUUCUCACCGAUAACCCCUGAAUGGUCAUCUUAAUCCCUGCAAGAUAACACGCGCGUGGUUAAGGUGUGGUAUUGAUCUUGGCAGAGCCCUCAUGUAAAUGCUGCUUUGCCUUGUAUGGAAGGCACACAUGCGCAGUCCAGCGUCCCACUUUAAACAGGACGGAGAGCUGUGUGGACGCAGUAAAGUUGCUCAGGAUGGGUGCCGGAGACUCCGACUGACCCUGCACGACCAAAUCCAGCAGCAGCGCGCCGUAGGAAAGCCAAUUGGGAGAGCGUUUGCUUUGGUGCAGCCCACCAGCGAGAGACAGCCGCUAAAGAACGAGCCCGUCAAAGCCGAAGAGAAGGUCGAAGUCAUAAAGGUGUAUCUGCAAGCGCAAAAAAAGGAACAGGACAGGAAUCAGCAGAGUCUGAAGAUGCUCUCGGAUGAGGUUUCGCAAAUACAAGAGGUGCGAUACUGUUUAAAGAGCCUGAGGGAGCAGAUGGCAGCAAAAAACACCCACAGAACAGAGCACAAGGUGCAGUUAGCUCAAAUUAGUGGGAGCAGAGUGAAUUGUGCUCCGAUGUCGCUACCAACACAGGACAGAGAAGACAAACGGGAGUUUGUGGAGGAGCAGGAGCGAGAGAGGAUGAGGGAAGUCAGCAAGCGGCUGUACAGUCAGCUUCAGGAGGCAGAGAAGAAACACCAAGAGGAGAAGGAGAAAUUACAGGCCGAGGCAGGUCAGUAUAAAAGGCAGCUGUCUGAGCAGAGCGAUCAGCUGAAGGAAGCACAUGUUAACGUACAACAGCAGGACCAACGCAUCCGAGAGCUCCAGCGGCUAAUGGGCGGCAUGGAACAGGAGAACUCGUCCCUCAGGGACGACUUAAUGACCAGGGAGGCGGAGCUGCUGCGGCUGCGGGAGCUGAAAGAGGAGGGGCAAGCUGACCGGGAGAGAUUGGAGGACUUGGAGAAGGAGAACGCCAUCCUUAAAGAGAAGAUACACCACCUUGAUGAUAUGCUCAAGAGCCAGCAGAGGAAACUCAGACAGAUGAUUGAACAGCUGCAGAACUCACGAAUGGUGAUUCAGGAGAGGGACCGUGUCAUCAAAGAACUGGAGGAGAAAGUUGCUUUCCUUGAAGCAGAGAACAGAGAGCUGCAUGAUCAGAUGGACUAUUUCCUGAAUGGCCAAAGGUCAAACUCCGGCCUGUUUUCAGAUUCCAAUGCUCAAAUUGUCUACAGUAAGCCUCUGAAGCCGUCCACACAAAGUAACAAGAAUCUGCCGUUCAUUAAAGUCAUAGAGAUCAAGUCAUGAAGUCGGUUAUGACAACGCUGAAACGUUCUCAUAACCCGUAUCCGAAUGCAGCAGGUCAUCAGGCGACUCCUCCGUACAUACUCCAGCACAACAGCCUGCAAUGCUACACAACGACUCAUGCUAAGAACCACAGCGACAUGAUGCUCGUGCUAUCAAACAUACCGACUACACAAAUCCACGGAUGCAGCUCGGCACGGUACGCAUCGUCAAAUUUGCACGUAACGAAUUUCAGUCCUAUAUUGAUGUAUAAAUAGGCCAGGUGUAGGUUUCAACAUGUCCCACAAAGUGUCUGUGAGCACGCAUGUAUCGACUUGAAUUUAGCUGAAGCAGGAGUUUAGAGGCGUUCAAUAUCUGUAGAGUAGCUUUUAACCAGAAUGGAGAAUAAAAAGCAGAACCGAGUAAAGAGAGGGAUUGAAUGGUGUGGUAUUCGUUUCAGGUUAUUCCUUUCUGAACACUGUGGCCCUUUCACUUUCUCUCACUCUCUCUAUUUGGCUUGGAGUUGAAUUACUUAAGAGCGGACUGUUUUAAUUGCUAAACAUCUUAUGAUCAUCCAAAAAGAUAAAAAAAAAUUAUAAUAAAAAAGCUCUUACAGCUAACAAAUCUUGUGUAAAGAUAUGGAGAGGGAACAGGGUGCUUAGCUUUACCAGUUGCUUGGUCCUAACGAAGGAAUUGUAGAGUAUCUGUAUGGGUUUGAUUCCCACAUGCAGCUUGAGUGCAAAGACAAGGUGCUAAAAAUAUUCCACCAAGUCCACAAUUACGCUACUCAAUAGAGGCAUGCAAGAUGAGCUAGGUGGAGGAAACCUGUUUAAUUUGCUAUGGAAACCCAAACCACACCAGUUGUUUUGUUCUGCUGAGAGGAAGCGAGAGGCGCUCGUGUUGAGUUUCAGCCUUUAGUUCGAGAGCUUUUCCGAGCACAAAAUCCGAACACCUUUAGCGAGGGUUAAUUAGAAAUCUACUAAAACGUUAACAUAUUUCUAACUUUGUCAUGAUCUCCACUCGCCUGAAAUGAAUUAACUGUUUCAAUUAAACACUAAAAUAUUUUUUUAGAUGGAGCAAAUUUGAGAGACUCUGUAUGGCCUGCUGUCCGGGACAGUAAAAUAAUUAUGAAGUACCAAUCCGCUUUACUUGGAUGAGUUAAAAGAAGAAUCAUGGUAAUUUCAUGUACAUAAAAACAAAAUGUGUCUGACUCGUUGUUGAAAAAAUGCAUUUCACGGAUGUUUUAUUCGUCACCAGGUUUUGUAAAUAUUUUCGUACUCGAGAAACUUGACCGUUCCUACUUCUUGUGUAGUUUCUGUAACUGUCCAUAAAUGGCAACUUCAACUUUGCACUUAGCAUCUGCUCUUUAUUUAAUAUAAAAAGUAUUUUUGUAGUUAAAUGCGAGUGGUUUUAUAGUUACUGUAUUAAAUACCAUGUAUAUUUAUGCAAGAUGAAGUUUUAAUAAAGUGAUCGAAAAUA